AUGGACUCCCACUCGUCGUUGGCUACUGAGGAACUCGUCAAGGGAAUUAUCCGCGAACACUUUCGCGUCACGAAGGUCGAGAAUAACUCAUCACUCGCUGGUGACCUUGGGGCCAAGGAACAGGAUAUUGUGGAGCUCGCAAUGACUUUGGAGGAAAAACUCGAUAUCCAAAUUCCGGAUGAGGAGGCGGAAAAGCUGACAACGGUGCAGUCCGUUAUUGAUUUUGUCAUCAAUGCUCAGCGGGGAUAG